UCACACUUGUCUUCUUCCACUCGGAAAACUCGAAAUCGAGAUUAAUGUCGAUGACGGCAUGGGCACUUCGUCGGAACGUUCGCCGGAAAAGUUACUCGAUCUUUAUUAGAUACAUCUCCAGCUCCGCAUCUGGCGGAAGAGCUACGGUUAAGCCUCCUAACGAGCGGUGUAUAGAGAAGGUUCUGGUGGCGAACAGAGGUGAGAUCGCUUGCCGGAUCAUGAGAACGGCGAAGCGUCUUGGGAUCCAGACCGUCGCGGUUUACAGCGACGCCGAUAGAGACUCUCUCCAUGUGAAAUCUGCCGACGAAGCAGUACGAAUUGGCCCUCCUCCGGCUCGGCUCAGUUACCUCAGGGGCGCAGCUAUCAUGGAGGCAGCUGCUCGGACCGGCGCACAGGCAAUACACCCUGGCUAUGGGUUCCUGUCGGAAAGUUCCGAGUUUGCGCAACUCUGUGAAGAUUCGGGACUAACAUUCAUUGGACCUCCGCCAUCUGCAAUCAGAGACAUGGGUGAUAAAAGUGCAUCCAAGAGAAUAAUGGGGGCUGCUGGAGUUCCUCUCGUGCCUGGAUAUCAUGGCCAUGAGCAAGAUAUCGAUCAUAUGAAGUCAGAAGCUGGAAAGAUUGGGUACCCUUUAAUAAUCAAACCAACACAUGGCGGUGGGGGAAAGGGAAUGAGGAUAGUGCAAAGUGAGAAGGAAUUUGCCGACUCGUUUUUGGGGGCUCAACGUGAGGCUGCUGCUUCUUUUGGCGUUAAUACCAUUCUUCUUGAGAAAUACAUCACUCGACCAAGGCAUAUAGAAGUCCAGGUAUUUGGUGACAAACAUGGAAAUGUUAUUCACCUUUACGAAAGAGAUUGCAGUGUGCAAAGAAGACACCAAAAGAUUAUUGAAGAAGCUCCUGCGCCUAAUAUAUCUGAAAAGUUCCGGGCUAGCUUAGGUCAAGCUGCUGUCUCUGCGGCAAAGGCAGUUGGAUAUUACAAUGCUGGGACAGUGGAGUUCAUAGUUGACACUGAGUCUGAUCAAUUUUAUUUUAUGGAGAUGAACACCCGUCUCCAGGUUGAGCAUCCUGUAACUGAGAUGAUCGUUGGUCAAGAUCUUGUGGAAUGGCAGAUUCGAGUUGCCAAUGGGGAACCUCUCCCCAUAAGCCAAGCCCAGGUGCCACUGUUAGGUCAUGCCUUUGAGGCCAGGAUAUAUGCUGAAAAUGUUCCAAAGGGCUUUCUUCCUGCAACUGGAGUCCUCAAUCAUUACCGCCCUGUUGCAGUCUCAUCAUCAGUUCGGGUUGAAACCGGAGUUGAGCAAGGGGACACUGUGAGCAUGCACUAUGAUCCUAUGAUUGCAAAGCUUGUUGUCUCUGGAGGCAACCGCGGCGAAGCUUUAGUGAAACUGAAGGACUGCUUGUCUAACUUUCAGGUAGCAGGUGUACCUACAAACAUAAAUUUCCUUCAAAAACUCGCUAGUCAUAAGGAGUUUGCAGUGGGCAACGUAGAAACUCAUUUUAUUGAGCACCAUAAAACUGAUCUAUUUGCUGAUGAGAGCAAUCCAGUUGCAGCAGAUAUGGCAUGCAAGGCAGCUAAGCAUAGUGCAGCUUUAGUAGCUGCUUGUGUAUCUGCAAUCGAGCAUUCUGAUUGGAACGAAAGUAAUCACGGAAAGCUUCCAUCAAUAUGGUAUGCCCAUCCUCCUUUUAGGGUCCAUCACGAAGCCAAGCAAACGAUUGAGCUUGAGUGGGAUAAUGAGUGCGAGGGAGCUGGCUCGAAGCUUGUAUCACUCGGUGUAGUAUAUCAACCAGAUGGAAGCUAUCUCAUACAGGAAGGCAAUGACUCACCAAGUUUAGAAGUCAGAGUAACUCGAGCAGGAAACUGCGAGUUUAGAGUUGAAGCGGCUGGGUUGAGCAUGAAUGUUACUAUAGCCGCGUACUUGAAGGAUGGUUAUAAACAUAUCCAUAUAUGGUACGGUUCAGAACACCAUCAGUUCAAACAGAAGGUUGGAAUUGAAUUCUCUGAAGAUGAAGGAGGUGUCCAACACAGAACCAGCUCAGAGACAUCAUCACACCCUCCAGGAACCGUUUUGGCCCCCAUGGCUGGUUUGGUAGUCAAAGUUCUUGUUGAAAACGAAGCCAAAGUAGAUCAAGGUCAACCUGUAUUAGUCAUGGAGGCAAUGAAGAUGGAGCACGUUGUGAAAGCACCGUCUUCUGGAAGUAUACAGGACCUCAAAGUUAAAGCAGGCCAACAGGUUUCAGACGGUAGUGCUCUAUUCAGGAUCAAAGGGUAAAUACACACGAUUACGCUUAUAUUGAUCCAACCCAUCCGCUAGUUUACACGAAGCUUGAACUAAUCAGCAAUUUGGUUUUGUAUAUAAACUGUAAUCCUACAAAUAAAUAAAACUAAUUUCAAGCUUUAUCAAUGUUUUA